CUCCAACAUCCAUGGUCAUAGCCUUGUGCCUGCCUUCGUCGACAUGAACAUCAUGCUCAACGGAGUGCACGAUAUUGAUGAGUGAAGAUUUCACAAGUAUACUGACUCCUAAGUUAAGGAUGGCUGCCUAGGCCCAAGCCCCCACUGACACAAGCUUCAGCUGGCUUCUCAUUAGACAUUGAUGCCUGCUGAUUAUUAAAAGAGGUAGGCCAAGUCGAGUUUCCUGAUGCUAUAUCUUGAAGCACGCACCCUCUUUUCUGCAUAUCACCAUUCUUCCAACUCUUUCUCACUCACGAAUCUAAAAUGGAGUCCUCGGGCUUUACGGAUCGCCAAAAGCGCAUCAUCGGCGCUCUUCUCGGUGUCCAUGCUGGAGACUCGCUUGGCGCAACUCUCGAAUUCGUACGUUGGGAAGAAACUAAAGCGUUAUUUCCCACUGGUCUCACCAGCAUCAUUGGUGGCGGUCAUUUCGAGUGGGAGCCAGGUCAUGCUACGGAUGACACUGACCUAACAAGAGCAGUCCUACUCGCGUAUUCCAAAAGGUCUACAGAGCGGAAAUCCUACGUGGAUGUUCUUGAAGCUGCUGCAGAUAAUAUGCUCGACUGGGCAACAGGGCGUUGGCCUGGUCGCCAGCCAGGGUCCUCCCCGAAAGACAUUGGUGGUGCCACAUUCGUGGGACUCACGAGGUAUCGACAAAGCAUUGCGAGUGGUAGGAAAGAUCCGCGAGGUUGUGGUUCAGGACAAGGCAGUGCAGGAAAUGGCUCACUGAUGCGCUGCAUCCCCACCGCGCUCUUCGCCGCAAAUGAGGAGGAACGUCUCCAACACUCGAUCGAUAUAUCAGCAGUUACACACGACGACAUAAGGUGUACGAUUGCAUGUGCUGCAUACAACACCAUCGUCGCUCAGCUGAUAGAUGGUCAAUCUCCUGCGACGGCAGUUGGUGAAGGAAAGGCUUGCGCCACAGUCCUGGCAGUGAAAACUACAUCGAACAAAACCCACUUGAGACCCAACGCAGAUGCUGUGGUGCGAGCCAUCGAAUUAGGGGAAAAGCUGAAACCUACAGAACUUGUUGAAGAUGGUCCGGGCAUAUUGCCUGGCCGAGGCCGCGGCUUUGUGCUGGAGUCUCUGACAUUGGCAAUCGCAGCAGUAUUGGACGAUCGGCCUUUCAAGGAAGUCAUUUGUGAUAUCGUAAUGCUUGGUGCCGACUCAGAUACAAACGCUGCCAUCGCUGGGGGACUUCUGGGAGCCAGAGACGGCAUCGACGCUAUCCCUAAGGACUGGAGAGACGUAUUACAGUUCGGUGAAGAAUUCACUAGCAUCGCCCUAGCGCUAUCUUGACUCCGAAACGGAUUGCAGCUUAGAUUACUAGCUUUAUUUGUCCAAUGUAAACACUUUGCAAUAUGACAAACGAUUCACAACACAAACU